GAGAGACAGUUCACACAGCAAGAGAGGACGAGUGACACACACACGCAGCCGGAGAGGAGAGAAGUAAGAGGAAAAAAAGUACAGGAGAAGAAGACGAGGUAUAUUCCACCGAUAUGGCCUUGCGGGACGAACUUUUAAAGUCCAUUUGGCACGCCUUCACAGCGCUGGAUGUGGACAAAAGCGGGAAAGUCUCUAAAUCUCAGCUGAAGGUCCUGUCCCACAACUUAUGUACAGUCAUGAACAUUCCCCAUGACCCGGUGGCACUGGAGGAGCACUUCAAAGAUGAUGACGAGGGUCCUGUCUCCAACCAGGGAUACAUGCCAUACCUGAACAAGUUCAUUCUGGAUAAGGUGAAGGAUAACUUUAACCGUCAGGACUUCAACAAAAUGUGCUGGACGUUGUCGUAUAGGAAGAACCUGGAGCAGAAUGAGCUGAAGAUCAGUAACGAUGACGCCUUCAAGAUCUGGUGCAUCUUCAACUUCCUGUCUGAAGACAGAUACCCCCUGAUCAUCGUCACUGAGGAGAUUGAGUACUUCUUGCGUAAGUUGACCGAAGCGAUGGGGGGAAGCUGGGUGGAGGAGCGCUUCGAGGACUAUAAACUGCAGCUGAACUCAAAGCAGCAGUGUCUGAAUGCAUGGGAGCUCAUCAGCCUAGUUGGGUCGGGUCAGUUCAGUAAGGGCAUGGACCUUCAGACGCUCUCCAUGGGAAUCGGUGAAGUCUACCAGGAACUCAUUCUUGAUGUGCUCAAACAGGGCUAUAUGAUGAAGAAAGGGCACAAGAGAAAGAACUGGACGGAGCGCUGGUUUGUGCUGAAGCCAAACACAAUCUCAUACUAUGUUGGUGAAGACUUGGCUGAAAAGAAAGGAGACAUCCUGUUGGAUGGAAACUGCAGUGUGGAGCACUUACAAGAUAAAGAGGGAAAGAAGUGCCUUUUCCUCAUCAAGUCAUCACAAAAAAGCUUUGAAAUCAGUGCAUCAGACAAGAAGAAGAAGCAGGAGUGGAUCCAAGCUGUUCAGACCUGCGUGACUCUGCUGCGUCAGGGGAGACCAGCGCCGCACCGCGAGGCUCGACAGAAGCGCAGAGAGCUGCGGCUGAAACAGCAGGCUGAGCAGGAAGAACUGGAGCUGAGGAUGAGGGAGCUGCAGACAGCCAAUGAGGCCAAGCAGCAUGAACUGGAAAAUAUGAGGAAGGCUCUGGAGGAGGCAGCGGCUAACGCAGCAGAAGAAGAAACAAGACGCCUUCAGACCCAAACUGAGCUCCAGGACCGCUACAGGAGGGACCUGGAGAGAGAGAAACUGGUGCGGCAGCAGAUUGAGAAAAACCUGGCUGAGAAGUCCACUGAGCUGGAGCAGUACCUGCAGAGGGUCCAUGAGCUGGAAGACAUGUAUGGUCAACUGGAGCACGCUUUGGAAGACGAGAGGCGUGCCAGACAGGAUGAGGAAACCAUCCGUAAGCUGCAGACACGAUUACUGGAGGAAGAGGCCAAGAAGAGAGCAGAGUUGGAGCAGAUCCAUUUGCAGCAGAAGCAGGCCAUCUCCGUCACGGUGGCUGAGAAAGAGGAGCUGGAGAAGGAGCGUCUGGCCAAGGAGAGCGCCCUGCAAGCUGCAAUGAAGCAGCUGGAGCAGCUGGAGCUGGAGAGGCAGGGGGCGCUGGAGCAGUAUGAGACGGUGAAGAAGAAGCUGGAAACUGCGACCAACAACACCAAGACCUGGAAGCACAAAGUGGCUGAACAUGAGGGGUUGUUACGGCUCAUUCAACCAGGUGCCAAGGGGCAGCAGAAAAUCACAAACUGGGGCCCUGCAGCCUUUUCUGAAGCAGAGCUCAGUCUGAGGGAGAAACAAUGGCAGGAGAUGAAGAACCAGGCAACUCAAGCUCAGUAAAGCUGCUGUAAACCAUUAUCAUAACCUUAAACAUGUUUAACUAACAAGGGAAAGAUGAGACAGGCCUGCUGGGAUGUACUGGAACGUCUCUGAUGAAGCAUAUCUUUGCCGGGAUAAAAAGGCAUUUUAUAAAAAGGUGGCAUUAACUAAUCAAUAAAUCUCACGUUACCCUGUAGGAAGCACAGAUAGAACUGAUAAACUUGACUCUGUGUUAGUGUUGGCCACCAUUGAUUAUCUCUAAAACCACCAACAAGAAAAAGUCACCUCAUAAUUUAGGGAACGGGAUUUAAAAGGAUAAUUAUUGCAAAAUAACCUUUCCUCAGUAGAAAUAUGAGACAUAAUCAGCACAAAAUCGAUAGAAUGCAUUCGGUUUAUAUUUUGACACACAGCGUGACAGGCCAGUGACAAUGGGAGUAGUGCCAAACCGAACCAGUGACUAUGACAACACGGUCCACGGCUCAAAAGACGAAGACGUUGUUGAAAAGAGGGAUCCAAAGAAUUCGGUAUUGUGGAGAUUGUAGCUGUCCAACAAAGGAGUGGAAUAUCAUACACUGCAGAUACUGCACAUACGUGCCUUUGUGUGAAAGCAUGUUUCAACAAAGGCACGUAACACCACAAAAUUGUUUUUGCCGUCCUUGCAAAGUGCAAAACUGACAGUUUCUCUGCAAGAUUUUACAGUCCCAGACACUUGUGUACAUUUUAUUGUAAAAGAAAUGAUGCCAGUAAGAACAUCGGCUGAUUGAGGUAACUGACCCUCCUUAGCAACUCCCUUGCCGUAAGCAUUUCUCUCAGACAAGUGCAUGCACGUGUCGGGCAUGCGAUCCACAUGAGUGCAGUUUUACCAAAAUGUCAGCAAAACCCACAUCAAACCACAGGCGCCCACAGAUUAUGUGUAAUGAAUGAGAAACGUCACAGGGAAAAAGUAUUGAACACAUGAAGAAAGCGAGGCGCAAAAGGGAAUGGAAAGUCAUGACACCAGCUGAAAUCUAUCAGUAAUUAGAAAAUAAUCCUGACGCUUAGUGCAAAUUAAUAUCAGCUGGUUCAGUCCCAACUGACGCCUUAUAAAAAGGUGUCUCAUUACCAAUGUGUCACAGAAGAGACAUCUCAUGAUGGGUAAGACUAAUGAGCUCAAAGACUAAAGACCUUCACAACCUUAUUGUUGGAAAGCACAUUUUUCACCAUAAGCCGACCACAACCAGGUGCUCCCCGCAAGAUUUGAGACCGAGGAGUGGAAAGAGUUGUCCCAGAGCCAAGGAGCACAGAAAGACCUGGAAUCAGCAGAAGGCACUGCACAUCACCCCCAAAACACCAUACCAACAGGGAAGGUUGGAGGUGGGAUCAUCAUGUGUGGGGCUGUUUUUCAGCAUACAGCACCGGCACACUUCAUAUUAUUGAAAGGAGGAUGAAUUGAAAAAUGUACUGAGACAUUCCUGAUAUAAAUCUGCUGCCAUCUCCCAGGAUGAUGAAGAUGAAACGCUUCAGCAAGACGAUGUUCCCAAACACACAGCCAAGGAAACUCUCAGUUGGUUUCAGCGAAAGAAAAUACAGCUGUAAGAAUGGCUCAGCCAAUCAUCUGACCUGAAGCCAACUGAAAAUCUAUGGAAAGAACUAAAUUUCACAGUUUAUAGACGAGAUGUGUGGAAUCAGGAUUUGAAGAUGUUUGUGUGGAAGACUCAGCCAAAAUCACACCUGAGCAGUUGUGAAGCUGUUAUCACCAACACAGGCUUUUGUACCAAGUAUUAAAUGACUCAAUAUCAAAUUUAUAAAUUAUUAAAUUAUAUAAAUUAAUUAUUAAUUAUAUAAAUUAAUUAAAAAAAAUGUUCAAUACUUUUCCGCUGUGUCAUUUUUCAUUCUGACACAUACAUUUUGGACGUUUGGCUUGGAUGGGUUGUUACAGACAUCUGGAGAUUUCGUGUCAACAGGACCUUUAGAGAUGAUUGGUGACGUGUUCAAUACUUUACCUGCUGUAUACAGAAUGUUUGUUGGGUUUUUGCCUGUUAAUCUUUCUCGCAGUUAUUUGCAAACCAUUUAAAACUGUAAGAAUCGGCAGGAUCCUUGUGAUUUUAUUUUUUAUUAACAUCUACAUUAUUGUUUCUUGAACUGACCAUAAUCAUAAAUUAGUUUUCCAUUUUGUGUUCAUGUCUAACACAUCCGGCAUUUGUACGAUGAUUGUGGAAGGCGACUUUGAACUAUAUGAUCUCCUGUAGGCCCAAUGGGAACCUUACCAGUUACCUUUAUACAAAGUUAAUAAAGAGUAGAGUACUUAGAAGUUAACAGUGGUCAGUGCCUGCUGUCUGUAAAGGCAGACCAUAGUCAAAAUAGACCUGAGCUAACAAUAUACAUGAUUUGAAAUUGGUUUUAAGACAUGCAGCUUUAUUGAAAACACAAAAAAGAAAACUGUUCUGUUUUAACAGGUUUCAUGGAUGGAGAACUGUAAAGUAAUAUGGUCAUUUCAGGCAGCUAAUUUCUGUGUUUGCUUUUGGUUUGACUCUAGGAAAAACAAUGUAAAACUUGUUUUUGGUCAAAUAUAGUCCCCCGGUAUCAUUUUUUUUUUCUUUCCUGAAUCUCUGCAAUGGAGGUGGAGAGUAUAAAUUUAGCAUGACCCACAAAAACACAAUAACCUCAUUAACAGGAAAUACACAAGGAUGAAACACAAUGAAACUAGCCUUAAAGCCACAAGUAUAAACAAUGUGCACACCAGUGCUUUGUACCUUUUUUUUCUUCUUCCAGUUUGUCUCGACUGUGUCCACGAUAUGCACUACUUUUGAUCAGAGUCUGACCCGUCUAACAAGAAUUAGCCAAAGUGUAUUUUAGGUUCUUUGUUUUAAUCCUUUUAAAGAAGCAGAAACUACUAAAACUGCUAAAAACUACUCUACAAACUAGUCUCCUUAAGAUCAUUUUUACAUUAAAAUGUAAGUGUUUGUACAUAUUUAGUGGGCUUUAUGUUUUAACAAUGUUAUGUUCAAAAGAAUGUAAACUAUCAUGUACAAUUCACUAAAUGUGUUAUCGUCAAAGAGCUAUUUUCAGUACUUUGUUUCAUCAGGAUUGAUUUCUAAGUGACUAUUGUCAGUAGGAUUAUUUUGCUGAAGUCUAACUCCCAGCACAGAUGCUAACUGCAGAACAUCUGUUAUUUUAGAACAACCAGUGACUUUGAUACUGUAAAAAUUGAAAAUUGUGUUUGUUUGUUUUUUAAAUAUAAAUAUAUAUAUGUAAAAAGCUCAAAACUGAACCAUAUAAUAAAUCACAUCUUGAAUAAC